AUGGACUACUCACUGCUGAGCUCGCUGGUGAGGGCGGUGCUGCCGUCGCAGGAGCGCAAGAAGAAAGAGCUCCCGCUGGAGGCAGAGGCGUCAGGGCACCCGGAGGUGGGAGAGGGAGGCGGCGGAUGGGACGACGACGACUCGGGGUGGGCCACCGUGGGCUUGUCGGUGGUCCGCAUCGUGGCCUGCUUCGUGACGAUGAUGGCGACGACGAUCGUGUGGGCGGUGAUAAUGUUCCUGUUGUUUCCGUGGCCAUACGAGAGGAUCCGGCAGGGCAACCUCUGGGGCCACCUCACCGGCCGCCUCAUGAUGUGGAUUUUAGGGAAUCCCAUUAUCGUUGAAGGGUCUGAAUUCUCGAACACAAGGGCUAUCUACAUCUGCAAUCAUGCAUCGCCAAUAGACAUUUUUCUUGUCAUGUGGCUGACCCCAACUGGAACUGUUGGCAUAGCCAAAAAAGAGAUCAUUUGGUAUCCACUAUUUGGCCAACUUUAUGUGUUGGCAAACCAUCUCCGAAUUGAUCGAUCAAACCCAGCUGCAGCUAUUCAAUCAUUGAACGAGAUUGCUAGUGACAUUAAGAAAAACAACUUGUCGCUGAUCAUUUUCCCAGAAGGCACCCGCUCGAGAUCAGGGAGGCUUCUUCCAUUUAAGAAGGGCUUCAUGCACAUUGCACUACAAACGCGAUUGCCCAUCGUGCCAAUGGUGUUCACAGGUACACAUCUCGCUUGGAAGAACAACAGUUUGAGGGUGAGACCCACACCAAUCACAGUGAAGUACCUUCAACCAAUAAAAACAGAUGAUUGGGAAGAAGAAGGGAUGAACGAGUAUAUAGAGUUGAUACACAAAUUAUACGUCCAACACUUGCCGGAUUCCCAGAAGCCAUUAACAUGAGCAAAAACCCAAACAAUUAUGAAGUGAAGAAUCAAGUGCAGUCCCGGAAUAUAUUGU